AUGAGUAUCGGACGAUAUGGUCACAGAGCAUCCACAUUAGCAAAUGGGUCCGUAUUAGUUGCUGGUGGAAACAACGGUGCUUAUCUCAAUAGUGCUGAAUUGUACGAUCCAUCAACAGGCACCUGGACAACCACAGGAAGCAUGAAUGUUGCACGAUAUAUGCACGCAGCAUCCACAUUAGCAAAUGGAUCAGUAUUGGUUGCUGGUGGAGAGAACAGCGCUGGUAGUUAUGUCAAUAGUGCUGAAUUGUACAAUCCAUUAACAGGCAGUUGGACAACCACAGGAAGUAUGAAUGCCGCACGGUAUUUUCACACAGCAUCCAUAUUAGCGAACAGGUUAGUAUUAGUUGCUGGUGGAUACAACGGUGCUUAUCCCACUAAUGCUGAAUUGUACCAUCCAUUAACAGGCACUUGGACAACCACAGGUAGCAUGAAUGCCGGACGGUAUUUUCACACAGCAUCCAUAUUAGCGAACGGGUUAGUAUUAGUUGCUGGUGGAUACAACGGUGCUUAUCUCACUAGCGCUGAAUUGUACAAUCUAUCAACAAGCACUUGGACAACAACAGGAAACAUGAAUGUCGCACGAGAAUGCCACACAGCAUCCACAUUAUCAAAUGGAUUAGUAUUAAUUGCUGGCGGAGAGAGCAGUGCUUAUCUCACUAGUGCUGAAUUAUACAAUCCAUCAGCAGGCACUUGGACAACCACAGGAAGCAUGAGUAUCGCCCGAGCUCGUCACACAGCAUUCACAUUGGCAAAUGGAUUAGUAUUAGUUGCUGGCGGAUACAAUGGUGUUUAUCUCAAUAGUGUUGAAUUGUACAAUCCAUCAACAGGCACUUGGACAACGACCGCAAACAUGAGUAUCGUCCGAUAUAUGAACACAGCAUCCAUAUUAGCAAAUGGAGAAGUAUUACUUGCUAGCGGAUACAAUGGUGUCACUUAUCUUAAUAGUGCUGAGUUGUAUUAA